AUGAAGUACGAUCCCGUGCGCAACUCUUUUAGAGCAUCGCCACAGACAGAGAUCGUACAAGUCAGUGGCUACGCCGACUCAAAGUCGCGACGUUCCAGCGCCCCAACGAGUGGGAUAAGGCUGAAUAUUGCUGGUUUCCUAUCCCUCUAUGUUCACGGGAGUAACGCAACGGUAACCUCUCGUUAUAUUUCGACGCCGAAGAAAGGUCUAGGCCGGAACUUCGGCGCGAGUACUCGAUGCGCCUCCGCGAGACCCGUGUGA